AUCGGCAUAUAUUGGGAGAGUCAAACUAAGUAGUGGAGAUCAAGUAUCCAAGAUGCCGCCUAGGAAACCUAACGUAUCGAAGCAAGAGCCAAAACCUAAAGCGGACGUAGUGGACGAAACUCCCCUUCAAGCUGUCAUCCUGGCUGAUUCUUACAAUCGACGAUUCGAAGUACUAUGUCAUGAUACCCCACGCAUACUUUUACCUUUAUGCAGUACUCCACUUUUGACUUGGACCUUGGAGGCUUUGAGUUUGAGUAGGGUUAAACAGGUUUUCGUUUUUUGUGGUGUGCAUUCGGAUCAGAUAAGGGAAUAUGUUGCGAAUUCUCCUUAUAGAUUCACAAUGGACAUUCAAUGUUUAUCAUCCACCACUACCAUGUCUGCUGGAGAUGCUCUGAGAGAAUUGGAUGACAUGCAUGUUUUGAACGCUGAUAAUCCUUUCAUACUCGUUCAUUCACCCCUCGUCUCAAAUUACGAUAUCUCCAAAAUGGUUGAAGCACAUAAGAAGAGAAGAGAAGUGGACAAAAACUUUAUCAUGACCAUGGGCGUUGGUCGUGGUGGUCGACGACAUCCAGAAUCUCCCAUUAUGCUAGUCCAUCCCCCUUCCUCACGAUUGUUGCAUUAUGCACCUCAUCCACUUUCACCACGUCAACCGAGAAUCACUUUUCCCGCUUCGCUCUUCCUCGACCCCUUUCCGACUGACAUCGACACAUACGAAAUAUGGUCCGGCACGUCUUCUUCUUCCCGAUCUCCAGGUUAUCGUGAUCUGGGUGUGGACAUCUGUGAAGCAGACGUUCCUGCUCUGUGUACGGAAAAUUUUGAUUAUCAUGAUUUGAGAAGACAUUUUGUGAAUGGAGUCCUUACGAGUGAUCUGUUAGGGAAGAAGAUUGCUGUUCAUCUGGCUGGCGAUGAGGAGGAUUGUGGGGAGAAUAGGUAUAUCGAACGUAUCAGAGAUACGCGGACGUUCGGGGACAUAACACAGGAUGUGUUGAGAAGAUGGAGCUUUCCUUUGGUGCCGGAUCUGAAUGAGCCUGGAGGGGUACAAUAUGAAUUACGAGCUGGUAACGUUUAUAUCGCAAAGGAUAACGUGGUCUUAUCACGGACCACCACCUUGAAUGGACCACUUCUUAUUGGCCCUCGCAGCUUACUUGCCCACAACACAUUAAUCACACAAUCUACUCUUGGCGCAGACUGUUCUAUCGGACCUAAUACCACCAUCUCGCACUCGUACGUCUUUGAGGACGUUCGCAUCGGCGCCAAUUGUUCUCUCACCCAAUGCAUGAUCGGUCGAGACGUCCAUAUAUCUGAUCGAGUCAAAAUAGGUCGUGGGGCGUUGAUAGGACACGGUGUGCGACUUGGGAAGGACGUUCAAAUCCCAGAAUUCGCCCGCGUUGGUCGUGUACCGUAUACUCGAGACGAUGACCCUGACGCUGAGGAUGACAUCAGUCCAAGUUUGGGUGGCGACAGUCUGGGGUAUAUAUGGCCACAAGAAGAAGAGGAAGCGGAUGAAGAUUCCGAUGACGAUGGUGAAGAUCCGUACGAACAUCCCAAAAAUAAACGAUUAUUACAAUUGGGUCGAUCUCUCUCCAACUUCUCCACCUCUGAAGAUUCGAUCUCGACCCUUUCCAAAGCUUCUUCACCAUCACAAUCUCCCUUAUCCAUGGCCUCGUCUCUUUCAGGACUCGAUCUGCCCUCUUUACACCUGGACGACGGACCGCCCGAGGCAUUCUUCACUGAAGCACGUGCUUCUUUGGCCAGGGCCUACGAGGAAGAACAUAGCGUGGAGAAUGCUAGAUUGGAAUUGAGGACUUUAGUCAUGGGUUAUAAUGCUGGCGUGGAUAGGGCACGUGUCGAGGUGAUAAACUUUUUGUUGUCAAAGAUUGACAUCAAAGGAGGGGCCAUGGCUACUUUACAAUCUGCAACUAAGAUAUGGGAUAGAUGGGGAAAGGUGUUGGAAGGAUUAACGCCGGAUCCUACUAAUGUCAUACUUGACAUGCAGGCGCAUUGUAUCAAUCAUGAAGAUUACAUGCCCGUGUUUGGGAUAUUACUGAGAGCGGUAUACGAAACGGACAUUGUGAGUGAGGAAGAUUUGGUAGAAUGGAGAUCGCUUAGUUCGGCAAGAGGAGAAGGGGCGAAGGAUGAAGAUGAGAAGAAGAAAUGGGUGGAAGUGUUUGUGAAGGGAAAGGCUUAUGUGGAUGUCUUGGAACAAAUGGAUAGUGAAGACGAAGACGAGGAUGAUGAAGAGGACGAAGAGUAGCAACGAGUAGCACUAUCAUAGCUUGUAAAGUUGAUCCAUCAAAAUUUUGCAUAUAUGAUAUCGCCCUGU